AUGCAAACAUCUGGGUCGCCGGAUGAUUACUCCUCUUCACCCUUCGGGAUGGGGCCUCAGGGAUACCCAGUUGCGGGAUCCUUCCACCCACAUGAUGCCACUGUCGUGCAGGACACAACGUACGGUGGACCUGGCAAUGCUUCAACGGGAACGGUGACGAACCCUGAAAAUGAGCCGAAACGUCGCGUAACGGACCAAAACUGGCUUGUGGCCUUUUCUGUAUUUAUGCUUUUCUGCUCCUUUUUCGUGAUGUUGGCAUUCACGGAGGGGAGUCCGGCGCGGUUGUACAAAGGGAUGAACUACCAAGGGAAGACAUGCGGGGUAGACCCUGAGGUCCGCGACCUGCCGUAUUUGUACUAUCCACUCGACCCUCGCGAGUCCUUUGCCUCCAUCAUGAUAAGCGAUGCGCGGUGCGUGGCCAAGUGCCCCACUGAGGAGGACGUGGAGAACGGCCUUACGAUACCAACUCCAAUAAGAGAGACCAGCAUCGAUUCCGCUAGAACUUCUGCCAUUACAGCAGAAUAUCUGCUGCUUUCUCCUGCAUACGCCGCUACCCUCAUGGCAGACGCAUACUGCAUUCCUCUCGAUCCUUCGCUGCGCUCGCAGCUCGUUCCAGCGCUGAACAACACAUUCCGUCAGAUGCAGUUCGCCAUUGGUUCCUUCGUCAACUCCUGGGGCUGUGUCUUUGGGUACUUAUUCUUGGCGGUUUUUGUUUCCAUCAUUUUCUCCGCUUCCAUGCGACUCUCUCCAGGACUCCUGUUCGGCUCUGCAGCUGCCGGGAGCAUCGGCUUGGCUUUCCUGGCAGGGGGAGUUCUUAUAAGAAGCGGUUUCUCCGGUGUACUCGACCAAGACAAAGGCAACUUCUUCUCUCUUGACUACACAUUAGCCAUGUUUGUGGGAUUUGCGCUUCUGGCCAUUGGCUGCUUCCUUCUGGCGGCUCUGGUCGUGGCUCGUCGUUCUGUUGGGACUGCUCUUCGCGUGAUGGAGUGCACAUCGCAGGCUCUAGGAGAUAUGCAGCAGGUGUUCCUUACCCCUCUGUUCUUUUCCGCGGCCACCAUUGUCUGGGUUGGGCUGUGGCUUUGGUCUUACGUCUAUAUGGCGUCUGCUGGGAAAGUCGGAGGGACGGAGAUUCCAAUGGGUUUGGAGCAAAACGGCGACAUUGGGAUCCUUCCAUUGCACCGGGAGUUUGUGUGGGACGUUCGGUUUAUAUUUUUCGGAGCACUUUGGUGGCUGGCUCUGUUUUGGUUGGUAGAGGCCCUGAUGGCAUUCGCACACUUCGUAAUUUCGUACACGGCGACGGUGUGGUACUUCUCACCUCCAGAAGGAGCAGAUGAGAGAGACGCGGGAUGGUUUCCUCCCCUCGUGGCAAUAGGACUUGGUUCUAUUCACCACUUGGGAAGUUUCGCAGUCGGCGGCCUUGUGAUGGGGGUAACGCGACCCAUCCGGCUGCUAUUCGCGUGGGCAGCGACCAAGCACUUGGCCUCAACUGAAGAUUCACCCGUUGUUCAAAGCUUGAGGGACAGUUUUCGGAAUAUUAUAAGCCCGCUGGCAUUUGUCGUUGAUAGGUUCACCUCUUCAGGGUACAUCGAGAUGUCUAUAUCCUCCAAGCCUUUCUUCCCAGCUAUGGACAAGUCCCACACCCGUCUGAAUCAAGCAAGGUCGCCUGCGACAUAUUUGCAUGGGGUCGUAGCAAUUGCGUCUGCAAUCGGCUCCCUGUUCAUUUCUCUUCUGAUUGGGAUCAUGAUAUACUCCACGCUAACUGCUGCGGAGAAAUAUUCAGCAAUUACUUCAUCGUCCUUCGUGGCAGCUCCGCUCUGCGUGUCUAUCUUCACGGCCGCCACAAGCUUUAUGAUUGCCAUGCACUCCUUCUCGGUUUGGGACAUCGUCGCCGACACAUUUAUGUACUGCUUUUUAGUUGAAUCUGUACAGCCACCUGUUGUUGACGAGAACCCCCUGACAAAAGUGCACGCCCCCGCAUGCCUCCGCGAGCUUCUUCUAAAUGCACAGACGAACCAAUUCCAUAUAUAA